CCCACCUCCUUGAAGAUGGCGGCGGCGGUGCUGCUGAUCCUGGGGUGGGGUUGAGAUCGUGAGAAUUGCACGCAUUCAGGUGCGAUCGCUGUCCUCCCGGCGCCCAGAAAGGACGCCCGGCCGCACCCCAGCGCCAUGCUCCGGCGGCUUCUGGACCGGCCCUGCACGUUGGCCCUCCUGAUCGGCUUCCAGUUUGCUUUCAUGGCUUAUUUCUCCUUCGGUGGCUUCCGGAAUCUGGCCUCUAUUUUCGGGCACGAGGCCAACCCGUCUUUCGACUACUCCCGGACCCGCGAUGUCUACACCAACCUCAGCCUCUUGCUGCAGACCCACAGCGGGAGGCCCGGGAAACCUCUGCCCUAUUGCCCCGAACGGUCGCCUUAUCUCAUCGGCCCCCUGACGGUGAGCUUCAGCCAGGUGCCGACGCUGGAGCAGAUCCGGGAGAAGAACCCCGCGGUGACCCCCGGAGGCCGGUACCAGCCUCCCAACUGCGAGCCGCGCUCCCGGACGGCCAUCAUCAUCCCGCACCGCAACCGGGAGACCCACCUGCGAUAUUUGCUCUACUACCUGCACCCUUUUCUACAACGCCAGCAGCUGCAGUACGGCAUCUACGUGGUCCAUCAGGCCGGGAACGCCACGUUCAACCGGGCCAAGCUUCUGAACGUGGGCGUCAAGGAGGCCUUGAAGGACGAGGAGUGGUCCUGCCUGUUCGUCCACGACGUGGAUCUCAUCCCCGAGAACGACCACAACCUCUACGUCUGCGACCCCUGGAGCCCCAAGCACGUCUCCAUCGCCAUGAACAAGUUCGGAUACAACCUUCCCUACGCGCAGUACUUUGGGGGCGUCUCGGCUCUCACUCCGGAGCAGUACCUGAAGAUCAACGGUUUCCCCAACGAGUACUGGGGCUGGGGGGGCGAGGAUGAUGACAUUGCCACCAGGAUACGCCUGGCCGGCUUGAAGAUUUCGCGGCCGCCGGUCUCCGUGGGGCACUACAAGAUGGUGAAGCACAAGGGCGACAAGGGGAACGAGGAAAACCCGCACAGGUUUGACCUCCUGAUCCGGACCCACCGGGCGUGGACGCAGGACGGCAUGAACUCCCUGGCCUACACCCUCCUGUCGAAGGAGCUGCUCCCGCUGUACACCAACAUCACGGCUGACAUCGGUACCAACCCGCGGGCGGCGAAGGGCGGGAAGGCGGCCCUGCCCAGCCUGGGAGGGAGGAACUACCCCACCGGCAGCAACCACGACUUUCGGCAGGAGAUGCUGCGGAAGACCCCCUUCGCCAAACUCUCCCAGGCCAUGGGGUGGGGAGAGGUGCCUUUCGCCACCGUCCAGGCCCUGCUGGAGGCCGGGAGGAAGGAACCGGUGCCCCCCAAGUCGGAGAACCCCCCGACGAACCCCGCCGCGGGAAAAGAAGCGAAGCGGUCUCCUGGCAUGACUCGAGAGGAGGAGGGAGAAACGAGCCGUAUUGCUUCUUCCCCGAUCAGCCCCACCUCGGACGCCCUGAAGCACCGGAUAGAAGAUGCUCGGAAAAGGAAACAGGCGUCCAGAGCAGGGCAACCGAGCGCCGGCUCCCGCCAACCUCCGGCAGACACCCCCGCCCCAGACGCCUCCUUCCGGAAGCCAAAGAGCAACCACACCGGCCCCGAAAUCGUGGACUAAAAAAGGCACAUCCACGUAGUUUGUCGCCAAGCCUCGGUGCUUUAGAACCAAUCCUAGGCGGCGCUGGGGCUCGGAGGGGGUCGAGGACGCUCUUCCCUGCUGGGUUUCAAAGCCGGACUUCGCCCAGAUCCAGGACCGCAGAGAGGCCCCGAAGUGGGCGAGGACGUCACAGCGGCGACGGGCAGGAGAUCCGCGCCGUCCUCCCCUUACGGGAACGGCUCCGGGCUCCAGCUCCCCCUCCUGAAAGCAGGAAACCCAAAUCCUGGCUCAGCUUUGUCAGAAAGCUUGCCCCGUGGCAUGGCCUUGCCCACCCCUUGCGUCGGGGUCUUAUCCCACUACCGGGUGCUUACAGAGGGCAGGUUUGGGGCGGGGGGGAGACUCUCUGUCUCGACACUGUUUUAAAGAGCGACAACGUUUACUUGAAAUGUGAAGGUUAGGGGAGAGCGGUGGUCUAAGUUUGGUCCGACCCCCGAAUCGCCUGUGGGGCUCGUCCCGCGCUCUCCCCCAUCCUCCCACUGGUGGCAGGUUCCUCGUAAGCAGAAGCAAGCCAUCCCGGCGGAAGCUGCGAUUACACGGCUUGUAGCUCCAGAACAGAAUGUGCGUCCUGCGCUCCCACGGCCCUGUCGGCUCACGGCGGCCACGGGGGUCCCUGGACGCGAAGCCUGCAGCUGGGCGCGGCUGCCCCGACCCUCUUUAGGAGCCUUUCGAGUCCAAACACAGACCGGCCUUUCCCCGUUUUUUUGUAAAUCCAUCUUUGGCUUUCCUUGGCCCCGUUAUUUUUCACACGCCCCCUUACUCCGCUUUCGUCCACAUCAUCCGAUCGCGCCGGAGAGAAGCAGACUUUGCACGGAGGGGGUCAUCUCUCUGCUUUCCACCUCCGAGGAAGAAGAUCCGGCGGACGGGCAGCAAACCGACCGCGACGCAGUCCGCGAUUUUGCCAAGAAGACUUAAGGUUUGUUGUCUGCGCCCCCCAGUCUUUUUCCCACUUCUGGCUACAGCUCUCCUUUAAUGCCGGAACAUCUGGAUUCGUUUCAUGCCCAGCAAGACGCGAAUUUAAUUGCCAAGGAUUUUAAAGCGCCGCUCGUUGAGCGACCCUGAACCCGUCAUAGGUUUUCUCCCCUCUGCAGCAAUAACCGCUCCUCGCGCCUUCCGAAGGCCGGUCACCGGAUGCUGGAAUCUCAGUUCUGCCUCCGAAUACACCGGACUCUGUAGCCACAAUCCUGCCGGGGAAAGGCAUCGCUGGAUCCAGAGAGGAGAGCUGCCUACACCGGUGUAACGAGGCAGACCACCACUCCUUUCUUUAAGCUGCUGCACUGUUUUGUUUUUCUCGUCAAUCACUCUCAUUGAGUCCCCCCCAAAAAAGCUGGGUUUGUAAGCACGGCCUCUGUGGGCCCCCCUCCCAGAUUUCGGGUCUUUGGCUCCCAUUCCCCUUAGCCGGCAGCGGGGGGAUGAUAGGAGCCGUAGUCCACAACAACAUCUGGAGGGCCACAGCUGCUUGCCCCUGCUGUGUGCACCGAAAUUGUAGCUGUAGUCUUGUGUCACACAAAACACACCAAAUACCUUUAGGGCUGGUCCCCCCCCCUCUGUCAAAGAGACCCUGCCCACCUCUGAACCCCUCUUGUGCGUCUCACAAUCUCGAGCUUUUAGCCAACAGUGUGUAGUUAUUUAUUCUAUUUAUGGAGUUCUCUCUUGACGAUAGAGGCCCCUAUGCUCCCUCCACUCCUGUUUUUGAUAAUGGCUUUUUUUAAAAAAAAGAAAUAAAAAUAUAUUGUCCGUAGAUUAAA